GUCGCGCCAAUCGAGGAACGCGCAAGUAUCCAAGCUGACAUGUGAUUUUAGGUAUCCAGUACUGUCGCCGGCAGAGAGGUUAGAAACGUUCCGACGCGUCUAAUGUUUUUAUUGUCACAUUGUUCGUAAGAAAUAAUUCGAAAGUGAACCCUUCGAGCAGGAUGCCAUGACGACGUACGGCCAUCUUCGUAGAACUGCCAAAGCACUGAAAUUCCUCCAACCGUGCAAACAUAAUGUUCGCACCGGUUUCCGAGAAUUUCUUCGGAACGAAUCGAGCUUCGUACCGAAACGUGUGCUCAUCGUUGGCAAAUUGUCCCGUUAUUAUUUUGAAAAGUUGCGAGAACCCAAUCUGAGCGAGUCAGAAUUGAAGAGGAAAUUGUUGGAAAGGGGUAGCGAUUAUGAGCACAUGUUGGCUGGUCACAUCGCGACAUUGAACGUGCAGCAACAGGUGAUCGAUUUGCUGAAGGAGAAGAACAUAGAAUACAGAGUAGUGAAUAGGCAGAAUCUCGAUCAGUCGAAUUUCACCUGGGCCGACCUGAUUCUUCCAAUCGGCGGCGAUGGCACGUUUCUGCUCGCGUCGAAUUUGAUAUUCGACAACAAGAAACCGAUAAUCGGCAUUAAUUCGUAUCCGGAGGGAUCGGAGGGCUAUCUGUUGCUGCCGCAGAAAUACACUAACAGGAUACCCGAUAUUUUUGAAAUGCUGGAGGCGGGUCAUUACCGUGUCUUGAUGAGGAGGAGAAUCCGAACCACGUUGCAGGGGGAUGAUAUCUGGGCCCCACCUUUCCAUACGCACGAAAAGUGUCGCAUUAUUACCGGCGGAAAAGUUAACACGGAAAUCUCGGACGAACCAAAUCCCAACAAAUUACCGAAAGAGAGACGUUUACCUUGGCUAGCGUUGAACGAAGUUUUCAUAGCAGAGGCGUUGUCAGCCAGAACAAGCGAUCUGCUGAUCAAAGUUGAUAACGACGAGAGAUAUCAUGUUGUAAAAAGCUCGGGAUUGUGCGUUAGCACCGGGACGGGAUCGACAUCGUGGCACAAGGCGAUAAACAGCGUUAAUCCGCAAAUAGUGCGCGAAAUAAUUAAUACUAUUGGCGAUAGGAAACAGUAUAGUAAGGAAGAGAUUGAACAAAUCUGCAGCAGAUUUAAUAACACUCUGCGUUUCGAUGCUGAGGAAUUAAAACUGUGUUAUGCUGUGAGAGACAUGAUAGUGACCGAUAUAUGGCCUGCACCAAAAUCUUUGAGUUCUCGUGGAUUUUGUAACAAUUUGACAGUCAGGUCACAGUGCUACGACGGUAGUUUAGUUCUUGACAGCGGAAUCGCGGUGCCAUUUAAUUUUGGAACGACGGCGUUGCUGGAAAUAUACCCUGACGAUUCUCUGAAGUCGUUAAUCCUGCCAGAUUAAUCACCAUAGAAUUUUAUAAGAACUCGUAAUCUCCUUGUUACAUCGACUACUUAACAAGAAUAUUAAAGUGUACUUUAAGCAUGAAUAACUGGAAUGCGAUGCACUGAACGCGUAAGUCAACAGAACCUGAAUACAAUGGAGUUUCGAUUAUCCGAAUUGCUUUAUUAUUUAGCAUUGUUUCAUUCCAAGGCAAUUUUAGUUGUAACUUCGGCGAGAGUUGAACUUGUCUUACUUUCGUCGAAGUGAAGAAAUAAAGCCGAAAUAAAGAACUAAAAGAAAUAAACAACGAAAUAAAGAAAUAAGGAACGAAAUAAAGAACAACUGUUAUUUCUGUGAUUCUAGCACGGCGGAUAAUCGGAAUUUUAUCGUGUUUAAUCAAGGAAAUUUAACAGCUACAGAAUAUAUUACAGAAUAUACAGAUCGGGAGAUUCUUCUCCGUCUAUAUCAUGCAAAAAAAGUUUAUUCAAUAUUGUAAAUAUCCAGAACAGAUGAUUCUUGCCGCUUUUCUCAUAAGAAACUAUGUUAAAAACGGCACGCAUUAUCUACACCUGAAAAUAUUGAAAUCGCGCCAUUAGAUACAGUGGCAAGUAGCUGAAACUGUUUGACAACUUUGUUGUACUUUCUUCCGCUAGAUGGCGACAUUUGUCAAUGCAGCUUAAAAUGUAAAAGUGAAGUUAAAUUACCGAACAGUUUCAGCGUUUUGCCGCUAGGUCCAGUGGCGCUGUUUGUACAUUUUAAGAGCCGUCAUCUAGCGGAGGAAACUAACACUAAAUCGUUGUACAGUUUCAGCGUUUUGCCACUACGUUUAAUGGCGUCAUUUCAAUAUUUUCAGUAGCUGAUAAUUCGUGCCGUUUUUAACAUAGUCUCUUAUCAGGAAAACGGUAAGAAUCAUCUGUCCUGGAUAUUUACAAUAUUAAAUACUUUUUCCAUGAUAUAGACGGCGAAGAAUCUCCUGAAUAUUUCUAUACACUGAAAAUAUUCUCUAGCUGUUAAAUUUCCCUAAUAAAAGAGAUAUAAAUACCGUAUAUGCAAUAGUACUAAUUUCUAGCAUUUUUAAUACGGUCAUUUAAGUUAAUAUAAUAGAUAGGGCUCUGGCAUUAUACAUUAAUGUAAAAACAGUAAUAGAAUCGAUGUACUAAUUACACGUGAUGUAAGACAGAUUUUAUGAAUCAUAAUUUCGUAAAAAUAAAGAUACCAGACUAUUA